GAUAUCACGCCGGUGGAACCUGUCCAGUUGUCUGGAGAGCUCAUGUUCAUUGAUACACAUGAGGUGGACCAGCAGUGGGUCCUUCGUAACAUUGACGGCUCCUUGACUCCCAUCGCCGUUGGUUACGAGCCCCCCAAGACUGAUUCGUUCGGCCGGACAGUGUUGCCAGGCGCAGUGGUGAUCAUAACCUGCUACAUUACCCCAUUCGGCGUAUGCAAUCCGGUCAGCUCGGAUAGCACCUUUGUCGUGUCUCCCCUGCCGGCUCUCCCGCCUGAAGCGAGCAUAGUCUACCAGCGACUGCUUGUGGUCAUCCUGGACUACUCCGCUUGCGGAUUCCCGGCUUCACUCACGGAAGCCGCCGCACGCUCCAUUUUCCUGGGGCCCAACGGUGAUGGCACCGGCGGCGUCGCGCAAAAGUACACGCAAUGCUCGUACGGCAAGUUCAACCUGAACGCCACGGCGUUCCGCGCGAUUACUGUACGGCCGAAUUGUACGAAUUCGGCCGUGGCGGCAUGUAGCUGGUGGACGAUUUCGCAGGACGGUGAUGACGGAGCCAGGACGCUUAUGGGCAUUACACCAUUUUCGUCCAUGACCCAUUUCGCGUACGUCGUUCCUCCGGGCAUGAUGAAUCUGUGCCCCUGGGCUGGGCUUGCACUGCUGCCAGGGCGGCAGAUCUGGCUACAGACAUCUGGGUACGGCGUAAACCGCUGGGCCACGAUCAUGCAGGAGUCUAUUCACAACUACGGUCUGUGGCAUUCCUGGCAAAACGGCUGGGAGUACGAGGACUACUCGACCGCCAUGGGCCGUGGAGAUGUCUGCCCCAACGCCGCCGAGAUCUCUCGCCUGGGCUGGUCAUCUCCCGCGCCAGGCGGCGAUGCCAUUGACUCCCAAAGGCUACCCGCCAACACGGCGCUGACGUUCAACAUUCCUGCCACCUACCUCACUCCAGUAGGCAACUUCUUGAGGAUCAUGCCAGACUGGCUGCCCACGUAUUCCAACAUCUCCCUGGGGAAGAACCUGUACAUCGCCGUACGUGUGAACAAGGGCGGUGACACGAGCUUGUCGAGCUUCUAUGCCAACAAAGUGAACGUCCACGAAGUUAACGCGACCAUGGAUAACGGCUACCCGAGCUACUGGAUUUACACCGACCGCAAGAUUUCUUUCCUCGCAACCGUAGCAUCGCAAAGUCAGGCGAACCUCACAAACUACAGACUGGUAGUGUACGGUGGAUCUUGGGUCGGGAAUGACACGCUCAAGGUGCACAUCUGCCGCUACAGUACCUCCCCCGCAGAUUGCCCCUCCCUGGCCUUCCUUGAGGCGCGUCCGUCACCACCGCCCGCCCCGCCGCCGCCGAGUGCGCCGCCGCCAAAACCACCGCCGCCGCUACCGCCGCCGCCACCACCGCCGCCGCCACCACGGCCGCCCCCCAGCCCACGGCCGCCGCCGAGGCCACGGCCGCCACCCAGGCCGCCAUCACCCAGACCUCCUCCCAAGCCUCCCUCACCGCAGCCGAGCCCCCGUCCGCCUCCUCCU